ACGGACGAAAUGUACAUUAAUGUUAAACAAGUACACGUGUUUGAAUCACUUCCUGGGUCAUUGUGAUUGCUAUAGGCACAAUCUCAAAUGUCUCCCUGUUGGAUAUGUAUAGCACUACAAAGGGUACACUUUCUUAAUCCAUGUAGUGCACAUGUUUAGGGCGUAUAGAGUGGAUUGGGAUUUACCUGGCGUGUCAGAAAUGUGCUAGCAAACCUGAGUACACUACACAAACAGCAAAAUAAAAAAUAUGAAAUGAAAAUAAAUGGACACAAUCACAGAAAAUGGCGGCGAUCUGCAGCGACAGGUUGAAGAAAUCGAAGCACUUUCCUCUAUCUAUGGGGAGGAGUGGUGUGUGAUCGACGAGGCGUCGAGGGUCUUUUGCAUCAAAAUAUCAGAUGAUAUUUCUGAGCCCAGAUGUUCUGUUUGUUUACAGGUCAUACUGCCUGAAGACUACCCAAGCUCCUCGCCUCCAAUAUACCAAAUCAAUGCUGCAUGGUUAAGAGGUCCAGACAGAAUCACACUGUCAAACAGCCUCGAGGAACUCUAUCUGGAAAAUCCUGGAGAGAGCAUCUUAUACCUGUGGGUGGAGAAAAUUCGAGAAUUCCUGGUAGACAGAUCGCAAAAUGCAAACACAGAUGGACUGGAGCCACGGCAUGCAAAGAUGACAGAGGAACAGGACGACGACUGGGAUGAGGGUGAAAUUCCAGAUUACGGCAUCUUGAGGCUCAGCAGUGAGCAGGCGCACCUUUUCUCCAUCUCCUCCGCAGGCACGUCAGAUUCAGAUGAGGAGCUCCCAAAGAUUAAACAUGGCGAGGCAAUCACAGACAGACGCAGCACGUUCCAGCCUCAUUUAGCUCUCGUAGUGACACCUAAACAGGUCCAGAGGGUGCUAGACAAACUGUAUGAAAACAAGAAAAUUGCAAGUGCCACCCACAACAUAUACGCAUACAGGAUAUACUGCGAAGACAAAAACACAUUCCUCCAGGAUUGUGAGGACGACGGAGAGACAGCUGCUGGUGGGAGACUGCUUCAUCUACUGCAGAUUCUGGAUGUGAGGAACGUGCUCGUGGUGGUGUCGCGAUGGUACGGUGGUAUCUUGCUCGGCCCUGACCGCUUCAAACACAUCAACAACUGUGCUAGGAGCAUCCUUGUCCAAGAGGGCUACACUGAAACUUUGGAUGAAGCAUCAAAACCAGGGGGAAAGAGCAAGAAGCCCAAAAGCAAGAAGAUGAAGUGAAGUCAUAUGUGUUUUAUAGUGUCUCAGGGAUGUGUGUCUCACGGGCAGGUGUGAGUGGAUAAGGAAGUAAACGUUUAAUACAGCAGAAGAAAAGAAGCAAUGACUGAAGUUCUGACAACAAGGACGUUGACAGUUUUUAACAGCAUAAAUUUGUCAUACUUAAAAUGUUGUAUAUGAAAAGUGAAUUUACAUAAUAUAUAUAUAUAUAUAUUUUUUUGUAAUUAGAACUGGUCAAGGACGUUCCUUCAAGCUUCAUUGAGUCUAUGAUUUGGGAUUUGCAUACUGAUUUGUAAAUCAAGGCAUAAUUGUCUUUUGUAUGUGUCUGUUAGCAUGAAGCAUUGUCUCCCAUCUGUGUGUGUGUGUGUGUUUGGAGGGGUGUUAAUGCUGGCAGCAAGGCGAUGUGUCAAAGCCUCUGUUUCUCGCAAUCCUUUUAUAACAGAUAGAUAGUCACCAUCAUUAAAACAUUUUCAGCGAGCUUUGAUGAGAGUCCUUACAUUGUUUUCAACUGCUCAACUAUUUAUGCAAAUCCUUAAGCAUAGACACUUUUUAAUCUCCUGUGUCACUAAAAGUUGAUUUAAUCAGAAUUGACAAGGUUGUUUUGACCUACCUCUAUCUCUGAACACCAGCAUGCUUCUGUUAGUAAUAACAGAGGAGAUAACAUCAAAUACCCGACUGAGAAAAAUUAGAUACAAGUGUUACGUAGAAAUAGACUGUUUAUGAUGUUCUAUUAUUAUUUGCUUCAUUUGAUGUGACUUCUAAAUGGCCUUAAUUAAAAAAUAAAGAUACCAGAGCGUAAUCUGAGAUUUAAAA